GAAGAGGGUGCAAUCUUCAAGGAGCCCAUGAGCGCCUUAAAGACCCCCAAUGUUUAAGGGGCAAGAAAAGGAAGAACAGACUGAAGGAGGUGGGGAGGACAGAGAAUGAGUCUGGAAUGUGUGGCGUAGUGGGGGGGCCUCUCUCCCUGCAUCUGUUUCUGUGUCUCCCAACACUUGCAAAGGUGUGAGGCAGCUGGAUCCUGUGGCUCCUGGGCGAGGCAUGCUGGUACGUGCUCCUAUGGGGCCACUGAGGAAGAGGCUAAUGAGCAGGUGAGGCUGCGGCACAGCCAGUGGGGCUGAGCUCAGCGUCUGGACUGUGUGAAAAUGGCUGGGCUACGGUUUCAGGGCCAAGCUGCCGGCUUUCUCCUGCUGCUGCUGUGGCUGUUGGCCCAGGCCCUGGCCGAAGGACCCCUGGUGUUCGUGGCUCUGGUGUUCCGCCAUGGCGACCGGGCCCCAUUGGCCUCCUACCCCACGGACCCACACAAGGAGGCGGCCCCCACCCUGUGGCCGCGUGGUCUGGGCCAGCUGACCAGGGAGGGGGUCCGCCAGCAGCUGGAGCUGGGUCGCUUCCUGAGGAGCCGCUACAAGACUUUUCUGAGCCCUGAGUACCGACGGGAGGAGGUGUACAUCCGCAGCACGGAUUUUGACCGGACACUGGAGAGUGCUCAGGCCAACCUUGCCGGGCUCUUCCCUGAGGCUGCUCCGGGGACCCCCGAGUCCAACUGGAGGCCGAUCCCCGUACACACGGUGCCCGUCACCGAGGACAAGCUGCUGAGGUUCCCCACACGCAGCUGUCCUCGCUACCAUGAGCUGCUUCGAGAGACCACAGAGGCCACUGAGUACCAGGCAGCCCUGGAGGGCUGGACGGACUUCCUGAUGCACCUGGGCAACUCCACGGGGCUGUCGCUGGUCAGGGAGCCACUCCGCAGAGCAUGGAAGGUUCUGGACACGCUGCUCUGCCAGCGAGCCCACGGUCUUCCCCUCCCAUCCUGGGCCUCCCCGGAUGUCCUGCAAACUCUCACCCAGAUCUCGGCUUUGGAUAUCGGGGCCCAUGUGGGCCCACCCCGGGCAGCAGAGAAGGCCCAGCUGACAGGGGGGAUCCUGCUAGAUGCUAUCCUCGCCAACUUUUCUCGGGUCCAGCGCCUGGGACUGCCCCUCAAGAUGGUUAUGUACUCGGCUCAUGACAGCACCCUGCUGGCCCUCCAGGGAGCCCUGGGCCUCUAUGAUGGCCACACCCCACCAUACGCCGCCUGCCUCGGCUUCGAGUUCCAGAGGCACCUCGGAGACCCAGAGGAAGAUGGAGGGAAUGUCACCAUCUCCCUUUUCUACCGCAACGACUCCUCUCGUCCGCCCCUGACCCUCAGCCUCCCUGGGUGCCCGGACCCCUGCCCAUUAGGCCUCUUCCACCAGCUGACGGCCCCAGCCCGGCCCCCAGCCCGUGGGAUCCCCUGCCACAGCCUCCAUGAGCCUGCCACCCCUGCAGCCACUGCGAUGCCCCUGCUGGCCGGAGCUGUGGCCGUGCUAGCAGCCCUCAGUUUGGGGCUGGGCGUGCUGGCCUGGAGACCGGGCUGCCUGAGGGCCUGGGGGGGCCCUGUGUGA